AUGACAGCGAUUGCUGCGCUGUUGUGGAGCGCACUGCCGGACGAGGAGCUGUUCGCCACUGCUCAGCUAUCGCGCGGCUCCGUGCGUUACCAACGUGGAUCGACCGAAGGACGCGACUCCGCCGUGGAGCUGAUGUACGCGCUGGAGAGCUCGUUCCGAUUUGGUGGACAGCCCGAGGCGGAUGGCCGAGAGCUGCCGCAGAGUUUCGCUCCCGUCUUCUGGCCCACAGACGCCACUUUCGGGCUCUUCGCUCGCAAGGACGACGCGCACUCGUCGCCAUGCUUCACACUAGGCACGUGGUUUAGCCUAUCUUCGCCAGAGCAGGGCGUAUUCCAGCGCGGCGUCUUGCUCGGGCUGCAGAGCGAGAAGUGUCGGAAGGAGGGCGGACGCUGGCCAGACUUCCACUGUCAACAUCUUGCGAGUGGAUACCCACAUGAACUUGUACUGCCCGGUGGCGGCAGCGACGCAAAGGGCCAGCAGCUCGAGAGUUUUCAGUACUACUACCCCCAGUCACUACAGUGCUGCAUGUGCUCGCCAAAGCGCGACGUACGCGUACUCGUCUGGAUGGCGCACGACGUGGAGAAGCUGGAUGCUGAGCCGAGACGCCUACUUCGACGCGGCGACGCCGUGUAA